AUGGCAAUUCAUGAAGAAAUGUUAUUUAUAAAAAAGUUGAUUGACACACGAAGCGACACUAUAUAUGCGGCUGUUUACGACUAUCUGUACGAUAAUGGGAUCCCUCUGUCAAAUCUGUUGCAGAUUGCAACAGACGGUGCCAGCGCUAUGACCGGCAAACAGAAUGGCUUUGUAGCUAAAUUAAAAAAAGUUGCCCCUCAUAUAUUGGCAAUUCAUUGCAUCAUCCAUCGAGAACAUCUUUGUGCUAAAUCUCUCAAUGAUGACAUGGAACAUGCAUUGAAAGUCGCUGUUUCAACAGUGAAUUUUGUCAAAGCCAAUGCUUUGCAUGACCGCCUAUUUCAACAUUUAUGUGAACAUGAGGACCACCAGAGACUCCUCAUGCACACUGAAGUGAGAUGGCUUUCCAAAGGAAAUUCCCUAGUUCGUCUUGCUGAAAUGUGGGAUAUGGUUCUUAUUUUUGUUCAUGACAUGAAAACACAAGCUUGUAGCAAGAAGCAGAAAGAUAAAGCUGAGACUUUGUUUUCAGUGAUAAAUAACAACGAUACAAAAGCAAGGAUUUUUUACCUGGCUGACUUAUUCGCACAUGUCAACCAACUGAACAUGACACUGCAAGGGCGAAAUGCUAAUCUGAUAGAUAGUGCUGAGAAAGUACGCUCUUUUUUGAACAAGUUAUGUCUCUGGAAGAUGCAUCUUCAAAAAAAUGAAUUUGCUUAUUUUUGUAAUUUUGCCAAAACUGCUCCGAGCUCAGAAGUAAUCGCAAGCUGCACUGACCACUUGAAAUGCUUGAAAGAAGAUAUGACUAGAAGAUUUAAAGAUAUCAUCGAAAUGAAUCCGCCUAGUUGGAUUAUAGAUAUAGCACAUUUUGACGUAUUAAGUGAAAAAGACAUUGAUCCUAUUAUUGCUGGAGAACUUCUUGAACUGAAGGAGAACAAAGUAUUAAUGAAAAAUAUUGAAAGGGAUGGCUUAUAUGGAUGGAUGAAAGUAGAAUCGAUUCAUCCAUUACUCUUUGAAAAAGUUGUUCCGUUUGUACUUGGCUUUCCCACCACUUGGUUGGUUGAGAUAGGAUUUUCUGCAACAAACGAUUUACUCACAAAAAAACGCAAUCAAUUGCAGAUUGAGAAGAGAGGAGACUUACGUUUGAGGUUGAACCAAGAUCUGGAAAUUCAACUUGACAAAUUGAUAGAUAGACAUCAAGAGCAGUGUAGUCAUUGA